CCCCAGCAGCAGUCUCCAGCCGCAGCCAUGGCCAAGCCACCGCCGCCCACCUCCACCUCCGACCCCGCGCUCCCCACCACUGCUACAACCACCUCGUCGGCCCCCAAGUCGUCGUCUCGCCCUAGGCCCCGCCCCCGGGGCCUCCUCGAUGCGCUCGCAGCCUCCGCGCGCUCCCUCCUCGCCUCGGCGCGUCGCUCCCCGGUCACCACGCUAGCCGCCGCCUUCUUCCUCCUCGCGCUCGUCAUGUACGGUGAGGACGCCCGCACCAUCGUCGAGCUCUCCAUCGACGACUACCUCUACCCGGACGCCGACCUCUACAACGUCUCCGGCCUGCCGCCCCUCGCGCUGCCCCCGCUCACCUGCGACCUCUCUCGCAGCAAAUGGGUCUUCGACAACGUCUCCGUUCCGGCGUACCGGGAGAAAGACUGCACCUUCCUCACCAAGCAGGUCUCCUGCCUCCCCAACGGCCGCCCCGACGACAUGCGGCAGUACUGGAGAUGGCAGCCCAACGAGUGCUCCCUCCCCACGUACGUCUUCCUUCUCCUCCAGAUCGCAUCUUCCAUGCUCAGUUGGCCAGUUGUGUGAUUCGAUUGAUUGACAAGAAGGUCACGGUCGUGGUGUCGCCGACGCCGUCGUCGUGGCGGGCGGAAGAGCUCGGGGCGGCUAGCAAGCUGAGCCCGCAGGCCAAGCGGAAGGUGGUGACCAGGCUGGCGUCCCUGCUGCCGCUCGCAAGCUGAUCAACAUCGAACCAAGAGGAGGGACUCUCUCCGUCCGGCUCCAAAAAGUUUUCCCUUUUCCCCUCCAGAAGAUUUCUAUUUCCCCCGCGUUCGUCGAUCCGUCCGAGGGCCGGCUCCAGGUGUUUUAGCGGUUUUCCGGCGCCUCGGAGCAGAGAGUGAAAAAAGAGAGAGAGAGAAACGCCUCCCUUUUUCCGUCGAAUUUUUUUCCUUUGUUUUGUUCCUGCGAAAGAACAAAAUUUUCAGUUGUCCGCGGCCGGGGGAACGGGAGGAAUCUGGGCAGAUUUGGGUUCCCUGUCCUCUGUUCUUGGGAGGGAGGGAGAGAAACUGUGAAUCAUCACUACUGCUAUGAUCUAUAAAAGCGGUUGAGUACUGUAUCGUGUUCAUCAGGUCAUGUGAGGCCUGUGACUUCAAUUGAAAGUACCAUAAUUACUCUGCAACCACUAUUUCUGUUUGUUUGUUGCUGUUCUCUACAUAUACUCCUGCUAGGUCUGGAUCAAAAGCA